AUGCGUACGCGCGAAGCGACACUGCGAAGGCUACGCGAGAGGCUUGCUAAGGAUGAUCAAACCGACUCUGGACGCUGUGGACGGGACGUCGAAGACAGCCCGAUUUUGAACGGAUCAGUUCCAGAACGGGAUGUCAACGAAUCGGUCACGCCUUCCACGCCAAUCGCGCAUCCCCCAAACAAGGCUCCCGCCUGCAGCGCUGCAACACCUCCAAGCACUCAGCCUGUUGCCGUCACUGCUGAGAAGACUCACGAGGACGCGGCGUUGGAUUCAAAUGACGAAGAAGCCGAGGCCAGUCUUCUCAACGCAUAUGGCCAAUUACGGCUUUGUCGUACUCUCGGAGAGAACUUGCUAGGAACCAAGGUAGUGCCUCUGUCGGAGACAUCUUGGCUGGUGGCGAGAGUAUGUCUCGCAUAUCAAGCCUACAACACUCCAUCACACCGGUCUCGGUUCUCGCACUAUCUCGGGCAGGCUCUUGACUUGUACAAAUGGCGACUUCAGCGUGGACAGAUUCACGACGACGACAUGCUAGUGACCGGCCUCCUCCUGUGCACGGUCUCUAUAUCGACCCUGCUUCUCUGGACGAUACAUCUGUCCGGCUUGGAAACGAUGAUCACUGAGCGCGGCCCCACGGCAAUGCAACAUGACAGCCUCACGGUGUGGGUCGUCGAAGGUGCAGGCCUGCUGGACCUACCAGGAGCAACGCUCGGACGGCGUAACCCCUGCAGACGGAUCUGGAGUCGACUGGUCGCUCCGUUGGCGAGAGGUGGCAUCGAGCCGGUGUCCGGGCUGCCUCGCUCUCUGCUGGACAUUAUUGCUAAGCUGGGCGAAGGUCAGAAUGUCAAGCCACAAUUAUUGGACUGGACACCCGAUGUCAAAGCCGAGCACAGCUUACAAUAUCCGUUCUGGGAAGCGUUCCGAUUGACGAUCUUGCUCGCCCAGCAUGCAUCAAGAGAGGUCUCUGGGUCGAGUGACAAUGUCCAGAGCGCCGAGACUGACAGUCUCGUGAUGCGCAUUCUUUCUUGUGUGAAAAUGCUGCGUGACACGACCGACGAUUCGUUCCAGAUUCCACUGCGCGACUGUGUUCUGUGGCCAUUGUUCACCGCAGCGCUGCACACUGAUGGAGGGACAUCGACAAGGACGCUGUUGACCAAGGAGUAUCAAGCAUUUCUUGAUCGGAGGAACAAGCUUGUUGAUCGAACGGCUUGGUCCAUUCUCCAGGAAGUCUGGGCCCGACGAGACAUGAACUCAACCCUUCACCCUUUAGAACUCGCGAACGAAUUCACAUACGAUAUGGGCAUUGAACUGCAUUUGUAUUGA